AUGGCCAGCGCAGAAUUACAACGAGCGUCAGUAAAUGAACCAAUAGCCGAAGUGCAAGAAGCAGAUAUUUCUAAAAUCUCCUUAUCGUCACAUUCUUUCGAGCCAAAGUUGUCGGCCAUUGUGGAAGAAAAUGGUACAUCCGGGGAGGAAUUAUCUAGAACAACAAAUCCCCAAACAGACCGGUUAGAACAGUUGUCCCAUCCAAAGUUGCUACACCUAGAGGAAACGUUGGAAAGAUUCAAAAAUAUCACGAAAGACCAUGAAACGAAUGAACGGAUCAUAAAAAUAAAAAUGCGACUACGUGAAAUCCGAGGAUCAGAAAAAUACGUCCGCCAGAUACAAACCGGAAAUUCCUCCACCGAACUAUCACGAAACACGGAAGUGACGUACAGCAAUUUACAGGCCAAGCUACGAAAAGCUGCCUUCGAAAUCUUAGUUAAACAAAUUUUCGAUAGAAUACCUCAACUGUUAGUUGAGCGGGAGCAUACCUGUGCACAAGAAAUGGCGACGGAAAUGAAGGCGCUUCGGGAUACUUUACAAGCUACACUGAUUUACUAUCUUGGACAACCGGCGAAUGAGCAUGAGAAGCGUAUAUUCAACCACCUAUGCUAUGGAUUGGCACAGUUCAUAGAAAAUAUAAUUGAAAAUGUGCACAAAAAUGCGCCAGAAAGCGAACGAGCUGACCAGGAAGGGAAGUCUGGGAAUGGGCAGUUUACACUAGCGGUUCAACUAGCUCGGAAGGCUUACAUAGAACGUCCAUAA